CAGCUCCUAUUUUCAAAUUAAGCGCUGUAGUGUACUUGUCUUUGAGACUUUCGAAGUUUGAAGAUUCCGAUUCUCUAUCGUAAAGAUUACUCAGCAUAAUUCAUAGCGGCCAUCUCCUUUCUGUCGCUACGUUAAUGGGCCGUUCGCGUAGCAGAUCACUGUCUAGUGGUCACAAGUCGAAACCUAGACGGUACAGAAGCCGUUCGCGUGAUAGAAUCAAAGAGCGCGACAGGUAUCGUGACAAAGAACGCGAUAGGAUACGCAUAAGAGGGAACGAAAGGUCGUAUCGAGACCGUCAUCGUCAUGACAGAAGACGGAGGUAAACCGACGGUAUACUUUCUUCAGUACUGUUUCAGAAAAAGAAGUUCGACAGUGUCAAGCUACGAUAGUGAAGCAGAGAGGCGAAAUCGAAAAUCAAAAAUGAAGGAAAUAGAUAGGAAAAUAGAAGAGGCUCGAAGGAAAGAAGAAGCUGAAAAACGUGCUCUGGAGCAACGAGAAAAAGAACGACGGUUGCAGGAGGAACGUGAACGGGAGGCGGAAGCAGCCAGGCAGUUAGAAGCUCGUGUUACAGAGGCUUUCGAAGCUGCUUUAGUAGAUAGGGCUGAAGACCUCCAGGCUGAAUUGGAAAGAAGAUAUCAAGCGGAAAUUGACCGGAGAGUUAAGAAUAAACUAGAUGAGAUCGAACGUGAAUACCAAAGCAAGCUGGAAGAGCAGAGACGUAUGGAGGAGGAGGAAAAACGUAAACAAGCAGAAUUGGACAAAAUACUUGAAGAGAAUAAUCGCAAACUCAUGGAAGCUAGGCGUAGAGAGGACUAUUACCUACAGCCGAUUAACGGAUCUGCAUUAUAAGGUUCUGUAUAUAUAAUUUUUCUUGAUAAAACUUAUUCUUCUGUACCUUCAUUUUCAUUUACCAAAUAAAAUAGUUUAUC